AUGAUUUUCUUGACGCUCGUUCUCGUCUCUUUGUUUACACUAGCAUGCGGCGUGCCAUGGAAAAGAGACGGCGGAACCCCUCAGGUCACCAUCAAGUCGCCACAGGCCAAUCUGAAGGGCACCACUAAAGGCAUCCUCGGGCUUCAUGACGGCGAGGUUGAAUCAUUCAUGGGAAUUCCAUAUGCAAAGCCUCCCCUUGGAGACUUGAGAUUCAAGCCCCCAGUACGCUUGACGGAAGCCCUGGGAGACUUCGACGCCACCAAUGAUCAACCGGAGGCAUGCCCGCAAUUUGCCAUACCCCCUGAUUUUGGCUCGCCUCUGAUUCCUCCAGACCUCCUAGACACAGUGUUAAGCCUCCCCAUAAUCCAGAACUUGGCUGUCGGGCAAGAGGAUUGCUUGACGAUAAACGUCCAGCGACCGGCUGGAACGAAAGAAGGGGACAAGCUCCCGGUGAUGUACUGGAUAUUUGGUGGGGGGUUCGAGUUGGGAAGCACAUCAAUGUACAACGGCGUUGGUCUCGUCGCUGAAGGCGUGCAGAUAGGCAAGCCUUUCAUUUUUGUGGCUGUCAACUAUCGUGUCGGAGGGUUCGGGUUCAUGCCGGGCAAGGACCUGAUGGAAGAAGGAAGCUCCAAUGCCGGCUUGCUCGAUCAGCGUAUGGGGCUCGAAUGGGUUCAGGACAAUAUUGCCAGCUUUGGGGGUGACCCUGACAAAGUCACCCUUUGGGGAGAAUCUGCUGGGGCCAUCUCGAUCUUCAGCCAGCUCACUCUGUUUAACGGUAACAUCACACGGAACGGAAAGCAACUCUUCCGUGGCGCCAUCAUGAACUCGGGAUCAGCUGUACCUACUGAUCCUAUGGAUUGUCCCAAAGCCACCAAGGUUUAUGAGCAGGUACUGUCUGCUGCAGGUUGCAGCGGGGCGCAGGAUCGGUUGAAGUGUCUCCGCGCCCUUUCGUACGAUGACAUGAGAAAAGCGGCGAACUCCGUGCCAGCUUUGCUAAGUUAUACUUCAGUUGCUUUGUCGUAUCUUCCACGUCCAGAUGGUACAAACAUUCCUUCAAGCGCCGAAGUAUUCGCAACUUCGGGCAAGCUGCCCAAAGUACCGUUCAUCCUGGGGGAUCAGGAAGACGAGGGCACGCUGUUCGCUCUCUUCCAACCGAAUAUCACCACCACAGAUGACGUUGAAACCUAUCUCUCGACUCUCUACUUCAACAACGCCUCGCCCGAACAAGUCCAAAAUUUGGUAGCAACAUACAGCCCGUUGCCCUUUGAUGGGUCCCCUUUCGGAACUUCAAUCUUCAACGAAGUGCGUCCCCAGUUCAAGCGACUCGCUGCCAUCCUCGGCGACGCCGUCUUCACUCUCACCCGCAGGGCUGUGUUCAACAUCUUCCAGCAAGUCCAGCCACAAGUCAACACCUGGAGCUACUUGGCUAGCUAUGACUACGGCACCCCUGUUCUUGGCACGUUCCACGGGUCCGACCUCCUCCAGGUCUUCUUCGGCAUCAAGCCCAACUAUGCCAGGGCCGCGACGCGGGCGUACUACUUCAACUUCGCUUACAACCUGGACCCAAACGACUGCUCCGGCGGCAGCGGUAAAUGCACCCCCAAUGCCGACCUGAUUAAUUGGCCAAAGUGGAGAGACGGCAACAUGUUGCUGCAUAUGGGGGCCGACAGCGCUGAUCUCAUAGCUGACGAUUUCCGUCAAGAGAGUUUCAACUUUUUGAUUAAUAAUAUAGAGAAGCUGCGUUUUUGA